AUGGAUUACAACUACGAGGAGGAGGACACCAGUGACGUAGACCGGGAACUAAGGCCGGUGGCCCGGCGGACGGCCAAGCACAUAGCGGCCGGCGAGGAGAGGCCCAGGAUCAACUCCAGUCAGCAGACCACACCCACUGAUGAAUGCCCUCCAGAUGUGUCCUUGGAAGAGGCUCAGACCGAGUUGUCAACAGCCCCGCAGACGAGCGAGGAAAGUGACACUGCUGAGAACGAAGGUCGGCUGUCGGCGGAAAGCUCGCCCAUGCGUCAGCGACGGGGGGGCAUCCUCAAGGGGGGCAGGUUAUGGAAAUCACUGGAUAACGACAAGGAGCCUAACGAACAGAAUGACGACCAGCGUUCGACGACCACGGCCAGCGACGAAGAUGGUUCUGUCACUCCGCGCUCGGUGCGCUUCGUCGAACGCCAGGAGCAUUCAGAGGAGGACCCAGCUCAAACUCCAGCGCCCAAGUCCGAACCAGAACCGCCUCAGACAACGGACAACGAAACCAGCACGCAAAAGGACUACAGUACUAAUACAGCACACAGAUUAGAAACGCCGCUUAUCCUGACGAUCAACACGCCGAAAACCAAUUCGGCGGUGCAGCAACUGUUCAAUAGCGGCAGGCCGCCGCCGCCUGCCAUCGAGCCGCAGCUCGUCACUUCAGAGACGCUCAGGGCGUGGGACGCGGGAGUGAGGCCCAAGGCGGAGGACGCGGCCGUGCGGCGCGUGGCCGAGAGGAACGCGCUGCGAUGCUCGCUCCUGCGCAGCGAGGCGCGGAAGAAACAACAGCCCAAGGGUGUCCCGUAA